AUGGCAUCCACAACAGCUCUGCGUAGACUAGCCCUCGGCGCCUCUCGAUCAUCAAAAUCAUUUCACAGCUCCGCCCGUGCUUUCAUCAAAGUCGGCGACAGACUUCCCAAUGUUGAUGUUUUGGUAGAGAAUUCACCCGGCAACAAAGUCAAUUUGAGCGAGGAGAUUAAGACUGGCAAGUCUUUGAUCAUCGGAGUUCCCGCUGCUUUCAGCCCUUCAUGCUCCAACUCCCAUAUUCCCGGCUAUAUCAACCACAAGAAGCUGAAGGAUGCUGGCAAUGUUUUCGUCGUGGCUGUCAAUGAUCCUUUUGUAACCAAGGCAUGGGCUGAGUCCCUUGAUCCAAAGGAUAGCUCUGGUAUCCGCUUCCUUGGAGAUCCAACUGCCAAGUUCACCGAAGCUCUCGACUUAACCUUUGAUGGUACUGCUAUCUUUGGUGGUCCAAGAAGCAAACGCUACGCUCUUGUCCUUGAAGAUGGAAAUGUCAAGUCAAUUCAUGAAGAGCCAGACAACACCGGUCUUAACGUCUCCGCUGCCGAGAAGGUCCUCGGAUAA